AUGGGGAGGAGGGACACGUUCCUUCCCGCGGCGGCAGGGGAAGAGGCCCGGCACGGUGUGUGCCGCAGCCACCGCACCCCCGGCUCUGCCUUCCCCGAAACGGCGGUGGGGCUGAGCAGCAGGCCUGGGCAGGCAGGGCUCCGUGUCCCGCCAUCCCUGGGCGCCCGCCAUCCCCGCUCCUCCCUCCCGCCCCAGGCUGGCCCGGCCCUGCCGUGGGAACAAGGCUGGGACGGCUUGUCUGCCUGCGCGGUGGUUGUCUGCCUGACGGGCGGGCGGCGGGUGCUGAGCGUCGUCUGCGUGCUGGGGCGGGAGCCGGCCGCCUGCCCCGCGCUGCGCAGCCUGCACGACGCCUGCCAUCACCUGCGGGCACGCCUGCACACCUUGCCCUUCGGCACCCUGGCGCUGGGCGACACCGCCACCCUCGACCGCUUCUACAACGCAGACGUGACCGUGGUGGAGCUGAGCGACUCCGUCUGCCAGCCCUCCCUCUUCUACCACCUGGGCGUCCGCGAGAGCUUCAACAUGUCCCACAACGUCCUGCUGUGCUGCCAGGCCGACCUGCCCCCCCUCCAGGCCCUGCAGGAAGACAUCUGCCAGAAGAACUCGGACCUCUGCGGCAGCUACACCUUCAUCCCCUAUGCGGUGACACCCCAGAACAAGGUCGUCUGCUGCGACGCCGGGGCCAUGAAGUGCCUGACGGAGCUUUUCCAGCCCAGCGAGACCUUCUUCACCCCGCUGGCAGCCCGGCUCGUCCAACUGCUGGAGGGGAUCCCCACCGACUCCUGCGGGUAUUUUCGGGAGACGAUCCGGCGGGAUAUCCGGAGGGCACGGGAGAUGUACCGAGGGGAGCAGCUGAGCCGGGAGCUGGCCCGCAUCCAGCAGCGCCUGGACAGCAUGGAGCUGCUUAGCCUGGACAUCGUGGUGAACCUCCUCCUCUCCUACCGCGACGUGCAGGGGGACCGCGAGAAGGCCGUGUCGGUGCUGCUGCCCGUGGUGGAGCGUGAGGAGGGGGCUGCGCCCGACCUCCUCUGCUUGUGCGGCCGCAUCUACAAGGACAUGUUCAUCGGCUCCGGCCUCGCCGACACCGAGACGAGGGACCGGGCUUUCUACUGGUACAGCAAAGCCUUCGAGGUGGAGCCGAGCCUCCACGCGGGCAUCAACGCCGCCGUCCUCCUCGUGGCUGCUGGGCACCGGUUCGAAACCUCUGUGCAGCUGCGGCAAAUCGGGGUGAAGCUGAGCUGCCUGCAGGGUCGCAAGGGCAGCCUGGAGGAGCUGCGCUACUACUGGGAUGUGGGAUUUUGCCUCGGAGCCGGCAUCUUGGCCAAUGACCUCAACAAAGUCAUCCAAGCCUCUGAGAAGCUCUACAAGCUUAACGCACCGGGCUGGUACCUCGUCUCCGUCAUGGAGACCUUCCUGCUCUACAAACACUUCCAGAGGAGCCCGCAGGUCCCCUCCGCCCGGCAGGAGCUGGCUGAUUUUUGGCUGGGCUUCCUCCUCGAGGCGUGCCAGCCCUUUGUCGCCGCACCGCACUGCCCGAAAGCGCCAUCGAGCUGGACCUUUGCGGCCACGGCCAUCCGGGGUGUCAGCAUCUGCAAGUGCGACGAACGGGGCUGCUUCCUCUACGUGACGCACGCGGAGGAGGAUUUCCAGCUCUACUUCCCCUCUCAGCAGCACUGCCAGUGGUUCUGCGACCGGAUCCAGUCCCUCCUGGCCAAGCAGGCGGCGGGUGGCGAGGAGGUGCCCAGCCCCACGCAGCCCAUCCUGGAGUACAGCUACGAGUACUCGGAGGCGGGGGACCGGGUGGUCCUGGGCAGGGGGACAUACGGGGUCGUCUACGCCGGGCGCUGCCUCAGCAACCAAGUGCGUAUCGCUAUCAAGGAGAUCCCGGAGCGGGACAGCCGGUACUCACAGCCCUUGCACGAGGAGAUCGCCUUGCACAAGCGCCUGCGGCACAGGAACAUCGUGCAGUACCUGGGCUCCGUCAGCCAGGAUGGCUUCAUCAAGAUCUUCAUGGAGGAGGUGCCGGGAGGGAGCCUCUCGUCCCUGCUGCGCUCCAAGUGGGGACCCCUGAAGGACAACGAACCCACCAUCGUCUUCUACACCCGCCAGAUCCUCGACGGGCUCAGCUACCUCCACGAUAACCACAUCGUGCACCGCGACAUCAAGGGAGACAACAUCCUAUCCUCCAACAUCCUCAUCAACACGUACAGCGGGGUGCUGAAAAUCUCUGACUUCGGUACUUCCAAGCGGCUGGCGGGCAUCAGCCCCAGCGCCGAGACCUUCGCGGGCACCCUGCAGUACAUGGCCCCGGAAAUCAUCGACCAGGGGCCGUGGGGCUAUGGGAAGCCAGCAGAUAUCUGGUCCUUGGGCUGCACCAUCAUCGAGAUGGCCACGGGCAAGCCCCCCUUCUAUGAGCUGGGCAGCCCCCAGGCUGCGAUGUUCAAGGUGGGCAUGUUCAAGAUGCACCCGGAGGUGCCCGAGUCCAUGUCGGACAAAGCCAAGACGUUCAUCCUGCGCUGCUUUCAGGCCGACCCGGCCGACGGGGCGGGGGGUGGGGACAGCAAGCGCCGGGCCACCCUGCACCGCGUCCUCACCGCUGAGGCACCGGGCAUCGUCGCUGCCUUGGAGGAGAGCCAGAGCAUGAUGGGUGCGAGGUUGGGCUCGGAGCACCUCGCCCAGCUGCUGAGCUGCCUGCAGAGCUACAUCCAGUGCCCCAGCCAGCACCAGCUGCGCCAGGACCUCCUGGCACUGCACAGACAGCUGCAGGCGGAGGGACUGAGCCUCCCCCACCUCCAGGCUCCCCUCUUUGGCUUCCAGGCAGUGGUGAGACGGGCGCUGCGCCGGCAUCACAUCAAACCCCACUGGAUGUUUGCGCUGGACGACGCCGUGAGCCGGGCAGUGCAGGCGGCUUUCACCGUGCUGGUGAGAGACCUGGGACUGAAGGCCAGCUGCCUGGGAGGGGACGGCACCAAGGACACGAGUGACGAGGACGACCCCGUGCCGCCGAGCCUGUCCAUCCCCAGGAGCCGACCCCAGCAGGACAGCACCAAUUCGGGGCUCAGCACCGGCCCCGGCACCCAGGUGGACCCCCUGCCCUCCCUGCGGGCACCCUCGGCGCUGGUGGCACAGCUCUGCCACCUCCGCACAGAGACGGGCAGGUAG